AUGGCUAGUGUUAGCUACUAUUCUGCUUCAAAAUUGGAACCAAAUGUUCAAGAAUUCAACUUUGAAGAAAUGGCUAUGCAACAACUUCCUCCAGAGCUUCUUUUUGAUUUCAACUAUGAUGUUGAACAGAGCUUUUACAAUGAAAAUCAAGAUCAUGAUUGUUAUUUUGAUCCAGACGAGUUUUUUUUACCAAUUGAAAUGAAUAACAAUUCUUGUUUCAUGCCAGAGUACUCUGCUUUCGAGAAACAGCAAAAGGUCUUUCAAGACAACUGUCCAUCCACUCAUAAUUUUUGUUUCAUUCCAGAGUACUCCAUUUAUGAGCGCACCCCAAAACAUCAAAAGUUUUUUCAAGACAUCUGCCUUCCAAAUAGUAAUAUAAUAACACCGUCCACUCAUAAUUCUUGUUUCUUACCAGAAUACUCUGUUUAUGAGAGUACCCCAAAACAACAAGAGGUCUUUCAAGACAAUUUCCUUCCUCCUCAUGGUUUGUUCAAUGAGGAGUUCGUGCCAAAUCCUUCAAUCUUUCAAGAUUUUGCCUCGUAUUCGCUUCCAGAAAUUCUUAUGCCUGUUUUUAGUAGCGGAUGCAGCAAUAAUACUGGAGUUGUCGCGAAGAAAGAUGGUGGUAAUAAUAAUAAUAAUAAUAAUAAUGAGAAGAAGAAGAUGUCAGCACAGAGCAUGGCGGCGAGGCAGAGAAGGAAAAAGAUUACUGAUAAGACACAAGAAUUGGGGAAAUUGAUACCUGGUGGACACAAAAUGAAUACUGCUGAAAUGUUGCAAGCUACUUUCAAGUAUAUUAAGUUCUUGCAAGCACAAACUGCACUUCUUCAAUUCAUGGGAAGAUAUCAGGAGAAUGAGAAAUUACUUGAAACAUCAGAUUUGCACAAACUUGUUGGAUCUUCCUUGAUCCAAGAGAAGUUGUAUUCAAGUGAAAAAUGCUUAGUUCCAAAAGUGUUCCUUGAAGCACUAGAGAAUAAUCAAGAAAUCCAAAAUUCACAAGUCCUUGAGGAAGUCAAGUCUUUGAUUAAAUGA